AUGGUAAGAUUAGGUAUUGCUAGACCCUCCGAUAGCUCGUGGUCGUCACCUCUGCAUCUCAUCCCAAAGAAGGACAACACGUGGCGUCCAUGCGGUGACUAUCGGGCGUUAAAUGCACGCACGAUAUCCGACCGCUAUCCAAUUCGACACAUCGGAGAUUUCUCACACAAUCUCUUUGGCUGCACCAUCUUCAGCAAAAUAGAUCUGGUACGUAAUUAUAACCAGAUACCAGUAGCACCUGAGGAUGAACCUAAAACUGCCAUUGCAAAUCCGUUUGUUCUGUUCGAGUUUCCUUAUAUGGGCUUUAGAAUGUGCAACUCGGUGCAAACAUUCCAACGUUUUAUGGAUGAAAUUCUAAGAGGUUGUGAUUUUGCAUUUCCUUACCUUGAUGACAUUUUAGUAGCAUCUAAAAACAUAGAAGAUGACGAGUGA